UUCUCGCGGAUGAUAACGUAGAGCUAUAGAGUAUGAUAAAGGUGGAUUUAUUUACCUGCUGCUAACGGCGGCGAUAUCGGGUGGCAAGUUUAAAUUCGAGUGUAGCGGUUUCGCUGCUGUUUGUCGUACGUGUACCACAACCGUUGUAUUUCUAGCAUGGACGAAAUCGAUGCCUUUGCAAAGAGACUUGCUGCGAGGACGGGGAGCCGUGGUGAGCACCUCAGUCGCUUCAACAGACUUGCUGACACUGGGUUGCACAAGCGCUCCUGCAAUGUUUUGGGCAGAAAUGCUUCUGCUGAAGAUCCCAAGAGUGAUGAUGUUGCUUCAGGCAGCAACGUAAAGGUGUCUCCACCAAAGAGGCAAUGUCUGUCAGAGGACAAGGAGAAUCUCACUGAGCAGAGACCCAGAGGUCUGGCCGCACUUCGCUCUGGAGCCUGGAGAGACUUCGAUAGUAACGAAAAGGGAGAACAAGAGCAGAACCUAAAGGUCUCUGUAACGUCCAGAUCGACUACAGUUGAAGAUGAGAAGCCAAAGGCGAAGGGCCUGGCAACUCUCAGGUCUAAGACUUCUAGUACCCGAAAAGAAGAGCCAGCUGCAGAAACUGUAAAGGGAUGGGAUCCAAAAGUACUGGCUUCACUAGAGGCCCAGGGUUUCAGCAAGACCCCUUCUGCGUCCAAGCUCACAUAUGCCUUCCAGAAGGACCAUGAGGGCAACACAUCUGCUUCCACGCCACCGCCGCCACCACCUCCUCCCCCUUCGUCUGGACUUUCAUCUGCUCGGAAGGAAAAGUUAUCAAGUGCUACCGUGGCUCUUGCUCCACCUAAACCAGCUAGGGCAGUGCCGAGGCCUGCAGCCCCUGCUGCAUCCGUUGUUACGUCUACUGUUGCUUCUGCUGCUGCUGCAAUUGCAGCCAGACAAGCUGCAAGGGCUGGUUCAGCAAAGCAACCUGCACCUGAUGUUGCCAGACCAAGCACACCUGAUCCCAGCACCCUGUCUGUACGAGAGCGUAGGGGGUUGUUUGAUGCCCCCAAAGAUGCAGCAAGGCCCUCAUGUCCCUCCCCUGCUCCUGAGUUGAUGUCAGUGUCACAAAGGGCAGCGCUGUUUGAGCAAGCAGCUGUGGCACAUGCCAAGGACGCUGCAAAGUCUCGUUUUGGCCGACCUGCUAAACGGAGAAGCAUAGGUCGCAGAGCGUCUAUACCAAAGCCAGCUGCUCAGCCUGUCUUGGAACAUGUUGCUGAAUAUGGAAGUGAGCAAGUUAGCUCAGUCAGGCAGGCAGAACAGUACCAAGUUGAACAGGUGAAGUCUCAGGAAUUUGUGUCGCAGGCCCAUAAGUUUCAAGAUUUAUCAGAAAACAGUGGCCCGGAGGAAGAGCUUAGUGAAGAAUCAUAUUCUGAAUGUGAGGAAGAGGACGAAAGUCCCGAAGUGCAGGAACCGGCAAUCAUCGAGUCUUCGUUGAACUUUUCCACAGAGGGCGAGGAACGUGACAGCGGUGAGAGUAGUAAUGAAGAGUUGAUUGGUGGGAAAGUUGAACUUUUGAGUACCUCGGGUGUCUCCGCCUCAAAGCUCUACCCUGACCUGCCUCCCCUUGAAGACGUCUUAGGGUCGGAGUCCUCCAGCAGCUCUUUUCCGGCAUCUCCUGUUAAGAGCGUUUCUGAAGAGAAGACCAGCGUGAGCACGUCACGUAGCCCCCGUGUCCAUCAGAAAACCCCACCAGAGAAGGGGCAGGAGUUGACCCAUACCCUAAGCAUGUACCGCAGACAGCAGAAGUUCAGCGCCCCAUGUUCUGCUGCUCCAACUCCAGCAGUGUUUCCAACUCCUCAAGUACAGCAACCACAAAGGGAGGGGGAGCCUGCUACUUUGGAACAGGAUGUGCACGCCAAAAUACGGGCCCUCCAGCAAGAAGCUGAUGCCCAGGGUGUGGUGAUGGCACAGGCAAGCCAGGCACUUGGGCUGUGCAGGUCUACUCCAGAGUUCAUGGGCUCCACAGAACAGGUUGAAGGCGAAAGAUUGCUGCUGCUCGCAAGUCAACGCAGACAAGCAUGUCUGCGUGAGGUGGAACGUCUGAAGACUCUGGGAGCCUUUGGACCCCCUGCAACUCCCAUGGGUGGUGGUACCCUGACCCUUGGUGAGGUGCAAUUACCACUCAAGAGACAGUUCCUGGCUGCUCAGCUGCAAGGAAAAUUAGGGGAGGAUGUUCAUCAUUUUGUGUGCCUGAUACGAGAGGGAGGUCAGCUACGUGCCACUCAGCUCUUGUCUACAUCCGAGGAUUCAGUGGUGUCACGUGGCUCCCUCUGCUUCAGCAAUCACAUGGCUCUCCGGGAGUUGGCUCCAGACUUCAGGGUGUCUUUCCUUGUCUAUGCCUUGCAAACGCAGAAAGAGACUGUGCCUCAUGACCAGAAGUAUCACAUCCGAAAGGAGAGCACAAAGCUGAAGUUGACUCCAAAAUCCAAGAAGCUCAGUUCAAAGCAUUUAGUAUCACCUGUGGUGAAGAACAGCAUACGUACUCCAAGCUUUGGUCUUGUUGGAUCUCUGGUGUUGAGCCGCUCAAACUGCAACCACAGGAGCUUUCUUCUAGACAAGGUUCCUGCAAACUCUCCACUAGAGGGCACACUGCUGAUGCAAGUGAAGCUCACAGUUGAACAUGACUAUCACUUCAAGGGAUUUCUGUCCAUGUUUGAGGAGGUACGUGGUUUUGGGGCCUGGCACCGGCGCUGGUGUGUGCUGCGAGGACCACGAAUCAACUGCUGGAGCUAUCCUGAAGAUGAAGGACAGCGUGAACCGAUUGGCUACCUUGAGCUGAGUGAAUGCAUAAGUGCACGACCUGCGUCACGUGAUGAGUGUGCCCGACCUCACUCAUUUGCCCUCGAUGAGCGUCGCGGAGGGCGACGACUCUUGGCAGCAGACACCAGAGAGGAGCGGCAGCAGUGGUGUAAUGUUCUGACGGAUGCCCUUGCAGCACUUUGCCAUUGGGGAGGAGGAAGCUCCUAGGCGCUGUGUCAUCAUUAGUGGUCGUCCAGCCCGUCUGACGUGCCGGGGCCAGACAAGAAAAAUGACGUGAAAAGGAAGUGCACUCAGCCUACAUGGACCUCGUACUUAAGAUAUAUACCUGCCGCGGCUCAUAUUAUACCGGGGCAUUUUAGCAAUGUGAUUGCAACUUUUAAGGAUUUUGUGAAUAGGUUUUACUAUAGUCAUUCGCUCUUUUUAUGUUCAUUUACCGAUUUUAUUACUGCCUGUAGGUGACUAUGUAUGUUUUAGUGCCUGUUUUAUGUUAAUAGCAUUUUAAUUGCGCCCAAGAAUACAUGCAAGGGCCUUUGUAUUGACACUCACUUUAGCAGGGUACAAGAAUAAUGCAUAUUAUGUACCCUGUAAUAAACAUUGAUUGCAUUGUAUUAACAAAUUGCAAACAUGCAAUAUCCUCUACAGAAAAGAGGGAUACACAAUAUUUCAUUCAGUGAGAAUCAACAUGGAAAGCAAGGUACUACUGACACGUAAUCAUUUUAACAAACAUACGAACAUGCAGAACUGUGAUCACAAAAGGAGACAGGACAUGGGAAGCUAAAUGCUCUUUUAGGCAAGAAAUAACCUCUUGCUUGAAGGACACGCAGGAAGGGGAGGAAAGCGUACCAGACAAAGAAAACAAGUUGACGUUGUACAUUAUGAUCACCUGGGCAAAUUUUAUCAGUAUUAGAUGCUGGUGAAUUGCAAAAUCACAGGUAGGUGGAAAAAACGAAAACGAGCUGUCAUCGUAUGAUCUGAGGCCAGGAAGUUUUCACAAGCAGAAAUACUAGUGACACCAAGAUGUACCACACAACAGACAUGUAUUGACAAAGACAGUUUGGGUUGCAGACACACUGCAGCUAUAUAAGAGUGGCAGAACAAGUGAUCGUAAUGAUGAUAUGAGAGUGGUUGCUCUCAUAUCACCAUUUUCACAUUUUUUAGAGAGACUGUAGCUGUCAAUGAGGUAGGCAUAAAGAGAAUCGAUCAUGUGGAAUACACAGGAGUUUUUAUAUUUUCAUUUGGUAACCAGGCUUUGUGUCAUUAAUGGCACUCUGCAAGUUUUAAUAAUGUUCUGCAGAGGUUAUCUAUAAUUUUUUUUUUUUUUAGCUUCCACUUUUGACGGCGGCAAGUUUUGGAGUUUAGGUUUUGCUGCGACAGCUUCCCGUGCAUUUUUAUGAACCAUUAAAGUUGAAAAUGUCCAAU